CGUCAGGCUUUCUGCGUCUCUUGAACGUGCCAUGAACAAUCCCGGAAAUGACAGAGAUUUGUAAUUUGGUUCCAGUAUUUCAUCCAUGGUUUCACUUAGCGAUUCUUAGAUCAGUUUGGGAUUUAGAACAGAACGGUCUCUAUAUGCAAGGUCAUGUGGGUUUCCCAAGGAGGUGAUAUCAGAGCAAUCAGGGAUGCUAGAUUCAACCGCUCACAAAUCGAUAUUCGUGAUUCAGAUUCAGGAUAGGUAACGUGACAAAUCACUGACUUUGUAGCCUGAUGUCACCGCGUGGGUUGUGGGAUUCGUGUUUUAAUUGACGUUGAUUGGAAUGAGUCAAAACAGACUUUGCUCUAAUCAUACAGGCUAUUGGUAAUGUUAGCUGAUUUGUUAACAUUUAAUUUAGGCAUGUGUUCGCUGUCUGCAGACCAGUUGGUUGGGUAGCUGGUGCGUUAUUUCUGACGCACUUGCUAGCUGUGGUGAGACAGUUAGCUUACCUGCAAACGGUACGCUUUAUUUUUGUUAUUGAGCAAGGACUCAAGUAAAAUGUUUUGACUGACCGUAAACGCGAGAAAAGGAAAGUGUAAGGUUAGCUGUUCAGCUAACUCAAGCUAAUGUGAACGCCUACAUCUUGGACGGGGGAUUUAUCGAGCUUGUUGGCAAAGCUGGUUUCAAUUCCUUUUUUUUGUAAUUGACAGUAAACGUUACGUGUGUUCCCGGAGCGCUACCUAGCUACGUCAGUUGGGGCCUUUUUAUCCUCGUAUUUGUGGCUAUGGAGCAUGUAGGAUGUGUUAACAUCUGUAGUCUGACUAGUACACUACCAGUGAUACCUUAUCAGAAAUUGACGGACCUGCACUACCUAAGUAAAGGUGGGUUCGGAACCGUAUUUAGGGCUCUACAUUCUGACUGGCGCACCACUGUUGCAAUAAAGUGUCUGAAACUGGAUUCUCCUGUUGGUGAAAGGGAGAGAAAUUGUCUGUUGAAAGAAGCUGAGGUCCUUCACAAAGCCAGGUUUAACUACAUAAUCCAGAUUUUUGGGGUAUGCAAUGAGCCAGAGUUCUUCUGCAUAGUCACAGAAUACAUGAGCAAUGGCUCCCUCGAUGAACUGCUUCACGAGAAAACCAUGUACCCAGUGUUGGCCUGGCCACUGAGAAUGCGUGUUCUAUAUGAGAUAGCCCUUGGUGUAAACUUCCUUCAUAACAUGACGCCACCACUACUACACCAUGACCUGAAAACUCAGAAUAUCCUUCUGGAUGGGGAAUUUCAUGUCAAGAUUGCAGACUUUGGCCUGUCAAAGUGGCGCCAGCUGUCCAUCAGUAAAGGCUCCAGUUCUAAGCCUACAGAGAUGGGGGGCACAGUCAUCUACAUGCCCCCUGAGGAGUACGAGCCCUCCAAGACACGCCGUGCUGACGUCAAGCAUGACAUGUACAGUUACGCUAUAAUUAUGUGGGAAGUGCUGGCACGAAGGAUCCCUUAUGAAGAGGCGACCAACCCUAUGCAGAUUAUGUUCAGCGUGCUGCGGGGCACCCGUCCGGACACAAGCCUGGACAGCCUUCCAGCCGACAUCCCCUGCCGGGAGAUCCUCCUCCACCUCAUGACCAGUGGCUGGGCGGCAAACCCAGACGAACGACCCUCCUUCCUCAACUGUCUGAUUGAGCUGGAGCCCAUGCUGAGGAGGUUUGAUGAGAUCGACGUUCUGGAAGCUGUUCUGGAGGUGAAGCGGUCAAAGCUCAUAAGAAGAACAGGGUGCUGCUCCUCGUCAGUGGCAGUGUGUGAGAAGAAGCGGGAAGGAUGUGCUAAAGAGAUUAGCGUCGCCUGGCCAGACACAAGCUCUACGUCAGGAUCUGGGUCUUGCUCCUCCCAGGAGACGGACAUCUCCCAGCCGGCCUUCCUCACCAUCAGCGGCAUGCCCCCCUCCAGCAUCCCCACAGGUGGGGCUCCCUCUUCAUUCAUUCCUCACACCCUGGACCCUCCCAAGCCCCUGAUUGACCAGGACAGCCUGAGCGACUUCCCCACGGCUCCCCUGCUACAGACGGACUACAACAUCCCCCUGAAGCCCAGGCCCGUGGAGAGCAACUUCGAUGUCCCCAUCAGCGGCCUUACUCUCCAGCCACACCCGCAAGCGGUCGCCUCUUCGCUGGACUCGUCGGGCCUGGCGGCACGUUGGAUUGCAGCUCGGCGCGAGGAGGUGGUGCGCCAGAUGACCGAGGCGUGCCUGAACCAGAGCCUGGACGCGCUGCUGGCCCGUGAGUUGCUGAUGCGCGAGGACUACGAGCUGGUGGUCAACAAGCCCACGCGCACCGCCAAGGUCCGCCAGCUGUUGGACACCUGCGACCGCCACAGUGAGGAGUUCUGCCGCCUGGUGGUCCGCAAGCUCCAGGACAACAAGCAGCUGGGCCUGCAGCCCUACCCUGAGCUCGGCUCCCCACCGCUCCCCCUGCCCCCCGCACCCCUCCCUAGUGCCCCCCAGCUCUCCAGCUCCUCUUCCUCCUCCUCUUCGUCAUCUUACAACAACGUCCGCAACGUCUUCUGAGCUCCAACACAGAAGAGACUGAGGGUGAGAGAGAGCGCAGGGGUGUUGAUGGAUAAGUGAUCCAGCCCUGGAUGUUGUACGGAGUCCAUUGUUUCUGGUACGUGUCUAUUCUGGUUGUUUGCCAGCACUGUUGACUGAACUCUCUGUACAGUUGUCGUGUCCAUUUCCUGGCUUCUGACAUGGAGAGUUAUUCCAGCCCCUUAUUUUAACCUGAUGGAAAAACCAUGUUAUUUUUAAGGGACUUUGUGUGAGAAGUUUAGAUGUCAAGUGAAUGAAUGAAUGCAACCCUCCAUUAUUGGGUUGUUUAACUUCCUAUUUCUUAAUGUCUUUGUGCACGGUGGGAUGUUCUGUUCGGCCUCCAUUAUUAAUCUUCCGUUUGACCCAUCCACUUAACUGCAAACCAGAGAUGGUUUGUAUUGGAUGUUUGUAGCCAUCAGACAAGGAAGUGAUUGGAACUGUGGUGUCUAAAAAAAACACAACAAUUCUUCCUGGUGUUCAGGUGCCUAAUCAACGUCAUCCCUGUCUGUGGCAGACGUCUAAGGUUGAGUCAUCCUUUCACUGUUUCCCGUCAAACCCCUCCCCUUCUUCAGUCUUAUUCUUAUGUUUCCAUUUGAGAAAUUGCACAUGAAAAUGGGCCAAACAGCACUCUGGACAUUCUUUGUGCCACUUUGAGUGAACAAGAGGCGUUUUGGCACUCUGUGUGUGUUGCCAGGUCAAACAAAGACUAAUUAUUCUCAAAAUGUGUCAAUAUUAGUCACACAUCAACUUAACAAGUUAGUGGGGUCAGGUUUCGUGAUGGGAUUUGUAUGACACCACCCACAACCAGAACUUUAGCUGAUGAAAGAUACAAUUCUGUCUGUCACACAGCCAGGCGUAAAAACCUCAUCCUGUCCGUAGCUGGUGUCGCAAAGCUUAAUCAGAAUCAGAAUCGUGUUUAUUGGCCAAGUAAGUUUACACAUACAAGACUUCUGGGUUUAGUGGCUCUCAAUGUACUUACACAAAAAUAUACAACACAUUAGGUUAUAAUAAAAUAAAAAUAUAUAAUUUGUAGUUAACUGUUCAUUAGUGUGACAGCGAAGAAACUGUUUCUGUAUCUGGUGGUUUUGGUGUACAGUGUUCUGUAGCGCCUAUCGGAGCUGCUUUGCAAUACUUCGACCGUCGCAAUAAUUAAACGUACUGACUCUUGACACGUGAGUGUGUCUGCUGUAGAAAUGCUAUGGCAAUGAGUAAUUCUACAGUGAAAAGAUAUGAAAACAUGCUUCUCUGGAAACCAGUUGUACAGCUUCAGACAGCUUCCCCACCCCCGUAACCUCUUUGUCUUGCCAAGACUUUCUCUCGACGUCAGAGUUAAUAAUCUAAUGCUCUGAUGUCUAAUGUUCUCUUCCCUCACCCGUGUGUAGUAACUGUUCACCAGUGCCCAGCUGUUGUAUUGCUCCACUAGUUAAACCUGCACAUACCCCCCCCACCCCCCUCUAAGCCCUAGCACAACGAGUUGGAAAUCAGCAACACCGCAGAACAUGUCAAAAUGUCAGACUACAAGUCUAUGUGGCAAGCGCGCUUUGUUUACAGUUUCCUCAUAGGGGGCUCCUUGUCCGUUGGGUUGCCUUGUUUUUGCUUCCUCUCCUAGAUCUGGUUUCACAUCCUCUGCCAGUGACUGUGCUGCACGCAAUGGAAUGAGACCAGAGCGAAAGAGCUGCUCCUAGUUGUUUUAGAGGCCUUAAUGUCAGCUUCUACCGCCACAUGGAUCCCUGGGCUGGAGGAUCUAGACUGGACCUCUACUCUUCCAGCAUUGGCUCUGGAGGUCUCUCAAGGCUGUCAGAUCUUAGCUGUUUGAGGUUUCUUACGCCCCAUGAGACAGAUGAUGUUGCAGAAACAUCCUGUCAGCACCUAGAGGUCAUGAUCAGGUUGACUUAUGACGCACAUUACUUUAAGCAACUCCAUUUUCAACAUGUCACGAUGGCACGUUACAUUUUCAAUGUGUCACAGAUGGCUUCUGUUUUGAAAUGGUUGAAGCAGAACAUCUGAACACUGGUUGAACUCUGCAGUAUACCUAAGGUAGCACCUCAACACUUGCUAGUAAUGAUAGUUAUUUAUGCCUUGUGGCUUUAUUAAUUCAUAUCUAAAUGAGUGGAAAAAAUCAGAUUGAUCACGAUCUCAAACUUUCUGGACCUCCUAGGGGAGCAUUGAGGACCAGUUGGGCUACAUGCAUUAGUGACUGUAGAUCCUGUGUGUAUAUCUAUGGACAUGGAACACUUUAUUUUGUGCCCAAGGAUUGAGAGCCAGAUGUUUCGCUACCUUCCCAUGAGGAUGAGUUUUUAAGUUUUUUUGUAUUAUUAUUUAUUCACUUAAAUGUCUAUAUAUUAUGUGCCAAUGAUGUGACACACCGUGUAGCUUAGUUUCAGAGUUCACAUCUUUUGCUGUUUUACUGCCUUUGUAUGAUCCCAUGGGUUCUGCAUAUUGAGGAGGUACGUACUCCUUAUUCUUCUCAGCAUCUUUAUCAAGACUAUAUCUACCAACAGCACACCAGGAACAUUCGGUUCAGUGAGGAUUUGACAGAAGUGUGACAGACCUGAUUUUUUUUUUUUGUGAAAAUCAUAGCAAAGGUCAUCCAUGUAAGUAGCUGAGUAAGGGUAAGCGUCAGCGUUUUUCUUUCCUCAGUACCUCUUCUGUUUCUCUCUCAAAUCACUUUGGCAUUUUGAAGCCAGUAAGGUUGUUGAAAUCUGUUGCCUUAUUUGUGAGUCAUUCUGUAUUUUCACAGAAGAAAAACAUAAUCUACAUAACAAUAAUGUUAAUGUAGCAACUGUAGCAGAAAUAGAGGCUGUCUGUACUGUUCAUGUACGUGAAGAAGACAUUUGUAUCAUUUCUAUCAAGAUGAGCUUUGCCACAGUCAUUAAAAUGGGUAUUAUUUCA